AUGCGAGAAUUUGGCCUGGUUCCCAUCCCACGUCACACCUCAGCCAGUUCAUCGGGCUCCCAUGCCCCAGCCGGCUUGUCAAGCUCCCACGCCUCAGACGGAUCAUCGGGCUCCCACGCCUCAGCCGCCUUGCCGGGCUGCCAUGCCUCUGCCGGCUCGUCGGGCUCCCACGCCUCAGCCGGCUCGUUGGGCUGCCACGCCUCUGCCGGCUCGUCAGGCUGCCACGACUCUGCCGGAUCGUCGGGCUCCCACGCCUCAGCCGCCUUGCCGGGCUGCCACGCCUCUGCCGGCUCGUCGGGCUCCUGCGCACCUGCCGGCUUGUCCAGCGCCUAUGUCUCGUCCGGCCCGUCAGGCUCGCCCAGGUACUGUCAUGUCUGCUCCCUCUCUGGCGAGAUGUAG